AAGUCUACAAUAGUUUGUAUUGAAUACUGAGCUUUAUAUCUAAUUCAUAUAGCUUGAUACGCAUGUGUGAAUACCGCAGGUGCAUUAAGUAUCUGCAUUAACUUAGGCGGUAUAGUGGAAAAACACGAAUCCAAAAUAUGGCAAGUUCGUCAAGACAUGAAACAAACAAAGUUUGUUGUUAUGCACAUCCAGAUGCUUCUCUUAUCGAAGACUAUAGAGCUGGAGAUCAAAUUUGCUCAGAAUGUGGACUAGUUGUAGGAGAUAGGGUAAUAGAUGUUGGUUCAGAAUGGAGAACAUUCAGCAAUGAAAAAGCUGGAGUCGAUCCAUCACGUGUUGGUGGCCCAGAAAAUCCACUUCUUAAUGGUUCAGAUCUAUCCACUAUGAUUGGCCCUGGAACUGGUGCUGCGUCGUUUGAUGCUUUUGGUGCUUCAAAAUAUCAAAACAGACGUACAAUGAGCAGUUCUGACAGAGCAUUGAUUAAUGCAUUUCGUGAAAUUAAUGGAAUGGCUGAUCGUAUUAAUUUGCCUAAGACUAUUGUCGAUAGAGCAAAUAAUUUAUUUAAACAAGUACAUGAUGGUAAAAACUUGAAAGGUCGUGCAAAUGAUGCUAUUGCCUCAGCUUGUUUAUACAUUGCCUGCAGACAGGAAGGUGUACCACGUACUUUUAAAGAAAUUUGUGCAGUUAGCAAAAUCAGCAAAAAAGAAAUAGGAAGAUGUUUCAAAUUGAUAUUGAAAGCACUUGAAACUAGCGUUGAUCUGAUCACAACAGGAGAUUUUAUGUCUAGGUUUUGUUCUAAUCUUGGACUCCCUAAUAUGGUACAAAGGGCUGCCACACAUAUCGCGAGAAAAGCAGUGGAGAUUGAUAUUGUACCUGGAAGAUCACCGAUUUCGGUGGCAGCAGCUGCAAUCUAUAUGGCUUCACAAGCGUCAGAAGAUAAACGAUCACAAAAAGAAAUUGGUGACAUUGCUGGUGUAGCCGAUGUCACGAUCAGACAGUCUUAUAAGCUAAUGUAUCCUCAUGCAGGAAAGCUAUUUCCAGAAGAUUUCAGAUUCGCAACUCCUAUUGAUCAAUUACCACAAAUGUAAAUUUAACGCGAAGUUUUAUAUUUCUAUAUAUAUUUUAUCAUGUUGAAACAAUAGUUACGUAUUUUAAAUAACCAUUUCUAAAUAAUUUAACCCUUAUUUACAGUAUACAUUCCUUGAUAAUCUAUAAAUUUUGGUAUUACACUGGUAUUAUCUAAUUUGUUACAUUUCUUGUCUUUUCUGUUGUACUUGAUUCCUACUGUGUUGUGUAAAUUUGCAACAAUAGUAUUUUAAUAAUUUGUCUGGUGUGAAUAAAAUAAAACGUUUAUGCUUUAAUUGGUGCGUUUCAACAUGUUAAAAUUGAAAAGGUCGAUAAAUUUUGUUGUAAAUUUUAUGUUUGAUACCAAAAAAUAUAUUGAGUUUUCAAGCUUUGUACAAGCAGAUUUACAAAUUAAGUUUACAUUAAACAUCUUUACAUUGAUAUUUUGUUUAAAACGCUGCUGCACAAUAAUCUUUUUUUUUAUUUUUAUGUUUGCAAUAAGGAAAUAACGGAAACCAAUUAAUAAAAUACAAUAAAUCACUUGAAAGUACCAUGCUAUAUAAUUAUACGAUAAAUUCUGUGAUACUUUUACUAAAUAAUGUAAGUCAAAAAUUUGCAACUAGCGAAGCUAA